AUGCCGCCUUUCAGGACAUAUAUGGGACAUUCCACGUCAACUCAGACAGACCUGCAGACAAAAUUUGGCUUGAUGGAUUUUAUAGGCAUUCAUAUUAAUCAGACGGUUUUUUGGUGCGAUUCCACAAUCGUACUACAUUGGCUGAAUACGCCUCCGCACUUGUUGAAAACGUUCGUAGCGAAUCGAGUAGUAAGCGUACGAAAAUUCACUGGAACCCAUCAAUGGCGGCAUGUCGGAUCGGCGAGCAACCCUGCUGACGCGAUUUCUAGAGGACAAACUCCUCGAGAUUUUAUUAGAAACCGAACGUGGUUUGCGGGACCUUCGUGGUUGAGUGAGGACGAGCACCAAUGGCCCAAUAAAAUUAUACGAGUUAUCGAAAUACCUGAAUUAAAAAGAAACACUUGUCUAAUAGCUAUACAGACCGAUCUUAACAUUUUUCUUAAAUUCUCAUCUUAUCAAAGGCUACUUAGAAUCGUUGCGUAUUGCCUGCGGUUUCUCCCAGCCAAUAAACAUCGCGGAUUACCAUGUGCAGAAGAAAUCGGCAACGCAGAAAUGCUAGUGUUGAAAUUACUUCAGGCUAUUCGAUUCUCGGACGAGAUCAAGCAAUUAAAUAUGGGAGUGCUGAAGAAAAGCAAGUUUAUUAGCUUGAAUCCGUUUUUGGAUGAACAUGGUUUAAUACGCGUUGGAGGACGGCUCCGAAAGUCGGCGCUUUCAUUUGAUCAAAAACAUCCAAUCCUCCUUCCAAACAGACAUCGGUUAACCGAUCUCAUUAUUCGAGGAAUUCAUGAAAAUCAUUAUCAUGCCGGCAUACAAACAACUUUAUACACUCUUCGUCAAAAAUUUUGGCUACCUGAUGGUCGAAAUCAAGUACGCAAGAUUAUCCGCUCAUGCGUGAAUUGCCAUCGUUUCGACGCCGGUGCGGUUAAUCAUAAAAUGGGAGAUCUACCCGCGGUCCGCAUACGACCGGCCGCUCCGUUCACUAACGUAGGAAUUGAUUUUUGCGGUCCUUUCUUUAUCAAAGAAAGGAAAUUCCGCAACCGCACGAGUAUCAAGGUGUACGUAUGCGUGUUUAUAUGUAUGUCAAUUAAAGCCGUACAUCUUGAAGUGGUGAGCGAUUUAACCUCGGAAGGUUUUCUCGCAGCCUUACGUCGAUUUGUUGCUAGGCGAGGGUUGCCGGAGCACAUAUAUUCUGACAAUGGGACCAAUUUCAAAGGGGCGAACAAUCAACUUAAAGAACUAUACGCUCUCAUCAAUUCAGAAGAGCAUAGAGGUUUGAUUAAUAAAUUCGCAAGCGAACGCCGUAUCAUUUGGCAUUUCAUUCCACCAUCAGCUCCCCAUUUUGGUGGGCUCUGGGAAUCUACCGUAAAGGUUUUCAAACAUCAUUUUAAACGCGUUGUCGGAAAUUCCUUAUUUACUUUUGAAGAAUUAAACACAUUCACCAUUGAAGUCGAGGGUAUUGUUAAUUCUAGGCCUAUCACUUCUAUAUCAUCAGACCCGAACGAUUUAUUAGUACUCUCACCAGCUCAUUAUUUGAUUGGCAAAUCGAUAACAACUCUGCCGGAUCAUGAUCUAUCGACUGUUCCAGUCAAUAGGCUCUCCACCUGGCAACAUAUUUGUAAGGUGCGACAAGAUUUCUGGGCGCGCUGGAGCCUCGAAUAUUUAAACGAGCUCCAGAGCAAUAAAUGGACUAAGGACAAGCCUGAUUUCAGUCAGGGAGAUGUAGUUCUCAUCAAAGACAAAGCUCUUCCGUGCACCCGAUGGGCAUUAGGUCGAGUUACGAUGCUACAUCCAGGCGACGAUGGAAUUGUACGCGUGGCUACCGUUAAAACUGCGGCUGGAGAAAUUAAAAGAUCAGUUAGAUUUUUAUGUCCGCUUCCAAACGAAUAG